AUGAACGAUAACACAAACACAAGCGACGUUAGAGGAGAUAGAGUCGUUACAAACGCUCAAGGUAACCCGCUCAAUGACCCAUUUGCCACCCAAAGGGUAGGUCAACAUGGUCCCUUAUUAAUGCAGGAUGCAAACUUGAUUGAAUUACUAGCUCAUUUCAAUAGAGAAAAUAUCGUGGAAAGGUUGCCACAUGCUCAUGGUUCUGGUGCAUUUGGUUAUUUUGAAGUCACCGAUGAUAUCACUGACAUUUGUGGUUCUGCCAUGUUCAGUAAAAUUGGGAAGAGAACAAGAUGUUUGACUAGAUUCUCCACCGUCGGGGGUGAAAAGGGUAGUGCUGAUACCGCUAGAGAUCCAAGAGGGUUUUCCACCAAAUUUUACACGGAAGAAGGUAAUUUGGAUUGGGUUUAUAAUAAUACCCCGGUUUUCUUUAUUAGAGACCCUGCCAAGUUCCCACAUUUUAUUCAUACCCAAAGAAGAAACCCAGAAACUCAUAUGAAAGAUGCAAACAUGUUUUGGGAUUUUUUAACAACACCAGAAAAUCAAGUCGCCAUCCAUCAAGUAAUGAUUUUAUUCUCAGAUAGAGGUACUCCUGCAAGUUACAGAACUAUGAAUGGGUACUCGGGACAUACUUACAAAUGGUCUAACAAGAAAGGUGAAUGGCAUUAUGUUCAGGUUCAUAUUGAAAGUGAUCAAGGAGUUAAGAAUUUAACUAAUGAGGAAGCUAUUAAGAUGGCAGGUGAAAAUCCAGACUAUUGCCAAAAGGAUUUAUUUGAAGCUAUUCAAAAGAAAAAAUUCCCUUCAUGGACUGUUUCCAUUCAAACUAUGACUGAAGAAGACGCUAAGAAAUUACCAUUUUCAGUCUUUGAUUUAACAAAAGUUUGGCCACAUAAGCAAUUCCCUCUACGUAGAGUGGGUAGACUUGUUUUAAAUGAAAAUCCAUUGAAUUAUUUUGCUCAAAUUGAACAAGCUGCUUUCUCACCAAGUACUACAGUUCCAUAUCAAGAGCCAAGUGCUGAUCCAGUCUUGCAAGCAAGAUUAUUCGCAUAUCCUGAUGCUCAAAGAUACAGACUUGGACCCAAUUAUCACCAAAUUCCAGUUAAUUGUCCAUAUGCAUCCAAGGUCUUUAACCCUGCUAUGAGAGAUGGUCCAAUGAAUGUUGAUGGGAACUUGGGUUCCGAACCAAAUUAUUUGGCAACAAAGAACCCAUAUAACUUUUCUCAAAGUUCUAGACCCAUUCAACAACAUCAAGAAGUUUGGAAUGGUCCUGCGGUUCCAUUCCAUUGGGCUACUUCACCUGGUGAUAUAGAUUUUGUUCAAGCCAGAGAUUUGUAUCAAAAGGUACUUUCUCAACAACCUGGUGCACAAGACAGACUAGCUCAUAAUAUUGGUUUCCAUAUUGCUUCUUCACAACCUGAAAUUCAAAAAAGAGUCUUGGACAUGUUUGCAAGAGUUGAUAAGAAAUUGGCAAACAAUAUAUUCAAGGAAUGUGAAUUGAGAAAGAAGGAACUUUGUAGAUUCUAA